GAUAUUGAUAUUCGAGCAUCUCUAAUGCAAAUUUUCUUAAAACUUCAAAAAUUGGCCGCGAAUAAACAGAUGGACACUUCACCAACAUUAAAUCCUCUUGGAUCAUUAUAUGGAUCUCAAAUCCUUAAAGAAAAUGAAAUUGAUUUUUGGUUCGAAAUAU